GAGCCAGGUGUGAUAUUUGUAUCGUGGUGCAAAGAGAGAGAGAGAGAGAGAGAGAGAGAUGGAGAGGGAGAAGGAAAUGAAGGAGUCGAAAUUCAAGAGGAUUUGUGUAUUCUGUGGGAGUAGCCAAGGAAAGAAGAGCAGCUACCAAGAUGCUGCUAUAGAGCUUGGCAAGGAGCUGGUGUCAAGGAACAUUGAUUUGGUAUAUGGAGGAGGCAGUAUUGGUCUGAUGGGCUUAGUUUCACAAGCUGUUUUUCAUGGUGGUCGCCAUGUUAUUGGAGUCAUUCCCAAGACGCUCAUGCCUCGAGAGAUAACUGGGGAGACAGUGGGGGAAGUGAAAGCAGUAGCAGAUAUGCACCAAAGAAAGGCAGAGAUGGCUAGACAGUCUGAUGCCUUUAUUGCCUUGCCUGGUGGUUAUGGGACUCUUGAAGAGCUGCUUGAAGUGAUAACUUGGGCUCAACUAGGCAUACAUGACAAACCGGUGGGGUUGUUGAAUGUGGAUGGAUACUACAAUUCUUUGCUAUCUUUCAUUGACAAAGCUGUAGAGGAAGGAUUCAUUAGCCCCCCAAGCGCGCGCCAUAUCAUUGUAUCUGCCCCAACGCCAAAAGAGUUAGUGAAGAAGUUAGAGGAGUAUGUUCCGUGCCAUGAAAGAGUUGCUUCGAAGCUGAGUUGGGAAAUGGAACAGCUUGGAUACUCUCCAAAAUGCCAGAUUAUAGGCAUGGAGGAGUUUCAAAGUGAGGAAAUGGAACAGCUUGGAUACUCUACAAAAUGCCAGAUUAUAGGUAUGGAGGAGUUGCAAAGUGAGAUAAAUAGAUGAAUGGAAACUAGCGAUCAUGAUGGGCGGCAUGGAAAAAAAAUCAAAAGUUUUUGCUGCAAUAGAGUUCUGGGAAUUUUUUUGUAAAGUACAGCAAAGUGCUUCGAAAUAUAAUCCCUUUUAUGUUA